CGCGAUUUUAGAAUUGUGACUCUGUAGCAUUUUGGAACCGUGCUCUAACAUCUUCCAGUAUCGAUUCUUCAUUUCUGGUAUCUGCCUAUUGAACCCUUCCACAGUUUGGGCAGCUGCAAAGUAACAUUCACCCUCAAACCCAUAUAAACACAUAAUAUCGAAUCGGUCAGAAUCAAAUCCUUCUUACACUUAAUAACUCUCUCAGUCGGAAUUUUCUGUAAACUGAAUUGAACGUUAUGUGGUUCUGGUCUUUUUCAUGAAUAUUCCCUGUUUACAAACUUCAGGUUAAUGCUUACCUGGCCAAAUUUAUGCAUUUAAUAAGGGACUUCUGAUCCUUGUAUAAAAGUGCCCUUGUCAUCAUAGGAAUAUGUAGAAUAUGGAGUCCCUCAGGGUACAAUCUUUGGCCUUCCUUGGUUAUUUCCUAGUUCGAAAAUUCCCCCAACUGUAGCAAAUUCAUCUGUUCUGCUCAUUGCGUGGUAGAAAACAUUGAAGACCCGACAAUUAAAAAGUGAGAGUUUUGUGUGUGGUUACUACCUGUAAACUGUUGAACUUAGGGCAGAGUGAUGGUACCUUUUGUUAUUACUUUUAGUAGGCUAUAUAUUAAAAAUAGUUCCGACGGCUCUGCGGGAGUCUAGUCAUGCUAUAUACUUAUAUUUUACUCUGUUUUGUCCGUUUACAAAUCUGCGACUAAGACAGCUCUCCUACAUCCCAGAUGUAGUUCCCCGAAAAUCAACAGUUCGAUAUUUCUACUCAACGAAAUCCUAGUUAGUACGAACCAGUUUGUUUCUUCUUACUCCCAUGUAAGUAUUAGGCGUGUUUUUAUCAUGAACUGGGCUUAUAAAAUUCACGAUUGCCUUGGGUCUAAAAAGUUAUAGCUUCGUUAGAAAAAAUCAGCAGUAUUCGGAAGUGAGGUCAAUACCUAACUCUUCUUCCUCAUUGCCGAGAAACUUUGGUAGUAUCUCAUUAGUUCACUGAAAAAGGUGAGGAAUGGAUUACAUUUGUUAAACUUGUGAAACCCCGCUGCAUAUACUCAGAAAUAUUUUUGUAUGUUCGUACUUAAGUUGAAUCGCAAUUCUAUCAAACCAGCCUUUCAAAACAAAAUAACUUCGCUAAUUUCCUACUGUAGAUGGCAAUGAAAGUGCUUAUACCACCGUCACUACCACUCAAGAAUGAUUUAUACUAUAAAGCAUCUUUCUCGAGCAUAAUUCCAAUCCGCUUGAGGUGUGUUGUAGUUACUUACGUUGUCCAGCCACAAUUCCACCUUUCAGGUUUUUAUAUUAGAUGCCUUUUUCGAAACUGGAACUUGGAGAUCAUAAAUUUCCUGGAUCGCAAGACUUCUGUGUUCUAAUUUUUUCGCUGAUUUCAAACUUUGAUUUACUAAUGUUGAAGAGCCGUUUGUGUUUUCCUGCUGUCGGAGUUAUUCCAUUGGUCGCGGUCACAUUUUUCCUUGUCUUUGAGGUGUACACUGAACACUGUCACAAUGAUGUCUUAUUGCAGGCCAAACUUGGUGAACUUUCUUAUGCUAGAUGGGUGAAUUCCUCGACUACUUUAAUAUGCUCUGGUGAAGAAUUUGUAACUUUCUUCACACUUGUAUAAUUGUUGUUUCAGACUAGUGUUAUGUGGUAUUCUGUGAGGAAGGUUUACAAAAUGGCUGUUGGGUGUCUUAAAAAUGAACAUAGGCAGUUACAUUUAGAUUGGUUUCCUGAUGUUCCAGAAAUAAUUGCAGCUUACGUAUCAUAUGAAAGGCGAAUUCGUCAAGUGUGUACAUUUUCUUCGUCAAACGGAAUUCUAACUUCUAGUGUGUCACUGGAAGAACUAAACGACCAAUCACUUAAUAUGGCACUGACUACAACAGUAUACUUCCUGCCAAAUUCAAUAAUGACCAAUGUAUUUUUUAUAUGCAAACAGGGUGAAGUACGAAAUGGAACCUGCCACAGUCAGUUGGGUAACGGCACAUUUUAUAAUGGUGAAAAAAACAUAUAUACGAACAACGAAUUUUAUAAAAUAACUGAUGAAGUUGUUCCUACACAUAUGGGAAAACACGAGUGCUUCGCAAAAAUCAAUGGAACCUACUACGCUGUGUCAGUUAUUUUCUCAAAUGUAAAUGAUUGGGUGUGUCCAGAUUCAGCCUCAUAUCAGUUCAUGAGUAAACAAAUGUGUGGACCAGAUAUGUGCAUUCAGGCUGCUAAUCAAGGCUACAUGCUGUGCGAUGCUGGAAUUCAUGAUUGCUACGUAGUGAAUGAUUCUUAUCAGUGCAAGAAAGGAGUUCCACUCAUAGAUUCUUGUGAGUAUUUGGUUAAAUAUUUUAAUUGGUUGUGUCCAAAUGUUUCCAGCAAUUCCUCUGAAAUUUAUAAUUACGGACGGAGUCUUCAUAGUAUUUCAUACAAUGCCAAAACUCUAUAUCGUCUAAAUCCGGAUUAUAUUCUGAAUUUCACGUCUAAAUUCACUGAUAAUGAAAUCAGACAACAGCUUGCUAACAACAGCGUUUCUGAACGUCAUUCAAUUGCUAGACAAUUACUAGACAGCAUGAGAUUUGCAUUAGAUAUGACUCCCACCCUUCUUGCAUCUGAUCAUAAUUGGUCUACUAACUCUUCGGUAAAUUCGGAAUUCUCAUCGAUCCUGACUUUAAAAAAGCUUCAAACAGUCUCUAUGUUUCUCCAUUUAAUCGCGGAAAUCGCUCGUCAGACUCCUUCUGUUAUCAAUUUACUAAGACGCGGAGAAGAAAAUGAGAAAGGUUUACGAUUCUGGCAUAUAUCUCCAGAUACUGGUAACAUAACGAUGAAUAAUUCGCAGGGGAAAUUGAUCAAGUUUUCUAUGAAACCAAAGCAGUCAGAAAUCCUCGAUACAUUCAUUGCAGUCAUUCCAGCAACCUACUUUCCAGGAGUUUUGACUCAACUUGACAAUAUUAAAAAGGUGACAACACCAUCCUUAGACUCAGAUGUCGUAUUGGUCGACACAAACGACGGUGUAUCUUUCACUCUCUCUGUAGACUUAUCUCAGAAACCGAACAUCACCGUAUCAUGUGAACAAUUCAGACAGAAUCCUGAAUUCAGAGAACUGUGGAAUGAUGGAAAUUGCAAAACAAUUGUUGUUGGUUCUAAUUUUGAAUGCCAAUGUCUUCCGACUCAAGGUGGAACAUUCGCAAUCGCGUUGGUUUACUGGCUAGGUUCAUCACAUAUUCCAUUAACCAAUGAAUACUCCAUAAGUAUUGUGAAUUAUAUCUUUAUUUUCGUAACUAUUGUCGCUUUAUUCCUGUUUCUUAUAUUCACGCGUUUCAUUGGAGUUUUCCGUUUGGAUCAGUUCAACAUUGCUUUUUGUUUGAUGAUUAGUGCAAUCGUUUCUCUGGCGAUUCCACAUACAAGUGAUAGGCAACCAAUUUUGUGCACUAUCAUUGCGGUUGCAGUUUGCUAUUUCCCAUUGGCAGCCUUUUCAUGGAAGUUUAUAUUUGGCUUAAAUACAUUAAUACUAAUCAUUGCACCACAUUCUCGUUACCAUGAUCUUAUUUCUAAACCGAGAAAUUGUUUGCCUUUCGUUUGGGUCGGUUAUUUAACUCCUGCCCUCAUUAUUGGGACAUGGUUUGGUUACACAGGAGAAGUUAGUAACAGUGGUCUCUGCAUUGGUCCUAAAGCUCUUCGUUGGUCGUUUGUUGGUCCAAUUACAAUAGUUGUUGCCUUUAACUUCAUUAUUUUGUGUGUAGUUGGUUUCGUCCUACUCAGAAACUAUCUUGUUACUCGCAAAAGUAAACUAAACAAAACAACCCACUUUUUAGUGCUUACACAGUUAAUGUUAACGUUAGGAAUUCCAUACAUUGCAAUUUACAUUCAAUUAUUGGACGCAUUGACUAUGUUAAUUGUCGUACCAGUUGCAAUGGCUCUAACCGCUGUUCUAAUGUUUCUCCUAGUUGCUGUUUUUGAUGAGGAAAAUCGUCUUUUACUUCGAUCUUUUAUUUUCACACACAUCGUACGCUCAAGCAAGCAGAGUAGUGGAAUGGCGUUGGGAAGUCAAUACAGGGUUGAAAUUGCUUCAAAACUUAAAAAAUCUCCUCUUCAUCAUAUGGAACGGGAUCACUUUUCGUCAAAUAAUUCAGGCAUUCAAGUUUUACGCAACCCAGAUAACCGAAGGAGUAGUUAUCACUAUGACAACGCAAUUGAGAAGAAAAGAGAAUACAAUCAAAGUAUUGCCUCACCUGAAACUAGUAAUUCACUUGUACUUGGCGAUUCGAGACAACUACACGAAGGAUUAUCUAAUGACAUUUUGUGCAUCAAUGACGAUCAUGGGGAUGAAAAUUCAAAGAAUCAUGUCAAUCUGGGUUUUUCAAACAACCAAACAUAUGUUUUGCCUUCUUUCAACAAUCUAGUUACUCGGAUGUAAGUACUUACUGUAUGUACAUGAAAACACAUUACUCACUUUUUCCAUUUUGACAACCAUCAGAUUGUUUUUUUGCUAAAAUAAAUUUAUGAUAAUGGGAUCACCAGUCAAUUCGUAUUUUAAUUUUCACUGAUUAUGAAACUUUCGUUUACCUUGUAUGCCAUACCUUUUUGUGUUUUCAUCCUAACUUAAGCAUUUUUUAGGUCAACAUGUUUUAUUUGCUUCCUGUUUCCUUAAUCAUGCACAGAGUAUGAAGUUUAGUUCUUGAAGCACCACAGAUUCAUUUUUUUAGAUGGUCUUCACGUCUUUUUGUAUUGUUUGUAUAUAUCUUUUCUCAAUGCAAUCAAGCUAUUGUGUGAUCUGCGUACAUUGAAAAUAACUUUUGAAACUCUUAACCGGCAUGCACAAACUGGUUGAUUUUGACUUUUUUUUUAACAAUAAUUGUUUACAUAAUUUAUUUUGAUUAUUAAUUACAUAUAAUUUCUUCUCUUCAUCGUCGUUACUUCAUUCUAAUAAAAUUUCGUAAGU